CGCCCCCCCUGCGGCGCCACCACCCACACACUCCCACCCAACCCGGCCCGGCGCCCACACCGCGACGCGACGCAAAGCAGCCACCACGCAGGCGGCCGCGGCCGUGCUACGGACAAAAGCAUCCCUCUCCAUCCCCCGGUCCAGCAAGCGAGAGACGGGCACCGGCACCGGCACCCAACGGGACCUGGCACGCCGCCGCCCUCUGGCCUUCCGUGCGUCCCCCAUGGUCUCCACGAACCCGCCGCCGCCGCUGUCCGAGGCGGCCGCCGCCGCGUCGGGCGACGACGCCAGCAAGAAGGUGCGGAAGCCCUACACCAUCACCAAGUCGCGCGAGAGCUGGACGGAGCAGGAGCACGACAAGUUCCUCGAGGCCCUGCAGCUCUUUGAUCGUGACUGGAAAAAGAUAGAAGCUUUUGUUGGUUCGAAGACUGUCAUCCAGAUAAGGAGCCAUGCACAGAAGUAUUUUUUGAAGGUUCAGAAAAAUGGAACCAGCGAACAUGUCCCACCUCCACGACCAAAGCGUAAAGCUGCCCACCCAUACCCUCAGAAGGCCUCCAAAAAUGAGUCAGGAUAUGCCCUGAAGACAGAUCCAUCUGCCAUGCUUAGAAAUUCAGGAAUGAACGUGGCUGUUUCUCCAUGGACCCACAAUUCUAUCCCACCAGUUGUUGCCUCAUCUUUCAUGAAAGAAGAUUUAGGUGCUGGGUCUAUGGGUCCAAACAUUUUUUGCUCAAGCAGUAGUGAAGGCCCUCCAAGGGCAUGGCAAUCUGGUGAAACCAAUGACCAGAUAAAUCAAGUUCCGUCACUCCGCAUUAUGCCAGAUUUUGCUCAAGUAUACAGCUUCUUAGGCAGUGUUUUCGAUCCAAGCACAAAGGGCCAUUUGCAGAAACUGAAGGAGAUGAAUCCAAUUGAUGUUGAAACGGCACUGUUGUUGAUGAGAAAUCUCUCCAUCAACUUGACCAGUCCUGAUUUUGAAGAUCAAGCAGUCAGUUUCAGAUGUUUAACUCCUUAUUUGGUCAGUAGCAGAAGUUAUUUCUUUCCUAUAAAGAAACUGCAGAGGAUUUCAACAGCAUGCUCGUGUCUUCUUGAACUUGGGUGUCUCUUCACACACUGUGCUUCUAGCAGGGUUUGCCCAAUUGCCAUGGUUUCUGCCUUUCUGGUACUGUCAGUACAACUUGUUGCCACUGUGCAGAAUGACUGGAAUAUUUGGGCAGCUAUCAUGUGUCUAGAGUCAUCAUGUUUUGCAAACUUUCAAAAUUAUCAGAAAUUUGAGGAAGUUGCUGUCUUCGUACAAUUCCACCUCUGAUGGGCUAGAGCUAGGGAGCUCCAGAAGCUCACUUCUUACGGAUAAUGCAUUGAGCCUUUUUUGAUAGUUCAUGAUUAAAUGCAGAUGGUGCUGCCUAUAGUUUCAUCUUGGUCUCUGAAUAGGGGGUUUUCCUGGAGCACCCAUGAAGGCGCUUGCACCAUUGUAUUUCUAGCUAGCUUCGAACCGUAGAAUGUGUAAGGGUGCAACCAUGUACAGUUGGCUUCCAUAAGGUGAGAUCUGUCUAUAGCCUGAUGUGUAUAUAUUUUUGCCCCGAAGCGUGUACCUUUCCUCCCCCGGUACCUUGGCGCGGAUGUUGCUUCCGUCAAAGCUUGAAAGUGCUGUUCUUAGUGAUAGUAAAUGGAAAGGAAAUUUUGAGUAAUGUUGGUUACUCCCUUUUCCCUCCAUUGAGUUCAGUCGAUGAUGUCGUUUUCGUUUCCGUGUCUGGCAAGAUACUGUCCCGUGUGACCAUGACAUAAGCAUAAUACUCCCAUCUGCUGUCUGUUGAGAAUUGCUUUCAGUUGAGGUUACCAUAA